UUGGCCCUCUUCCUCACCCUCUCUCUCCAAAAACGAAACAUUUCGAUCCAGAGAGAGAGAGAGAGAGCCCCACAAAAACAACCCCUCCCAUCUUAUGAAAAAACCAAACCCAACAGAGAGCGCGCGCGCGAACGAGAGAGAGAUAGAAAGAGAGAGCUUUUCAACAAACACAACACCUACAUACAUGUAAAUGCAUUACAAGAAAUCCGAACUCCAAAUCGGAAAAGAAAGCAUAGGUUUCUCUUCCGAUUUCAACCCCACACCCCCUCUCAACAACCAUUUCCUCAUCCAAAUCAAUAACCUCCUCCAAUCCCAACAACCAAAAUCCCCCCCAACUGAUCAGGCGGGCCCCAAUGAUCUUCCUCCUUCCAUCCUUUCCACGCCCCACAAGAGGCCCAUCAUGGCCCACUCCCCAACCUUGAAUUCCCUCCGCUCUUCCCAUUCCCACCUGAAUUCUUUUUCCCCUUCUCCUUCUUCACCGCCUCUGCUGCCCACUGCUGCCUUCAAGACCGCCUUCCGCCUCUUCCGCCGUCUCCGUAUCCGCCAGCGUCGUGGCCUCCUGAUCUUCAUAUGCUUUCCCUCCCUCUACUUCUUCCUAUCAAAUCCUGCCCGCUCCUUCGCCCUAGACUUCCUGUCCGCCAUCGCCUUCUCCGCCGUCCUCGUCCUCUCCAUCAACCUCGCCCUCCCCCGCCUCCCCUCCAUCCGUCUUCUCCUCCGUCGCUCCUUCCCCAUAAAGCUCCCUUCCAAUUGCACCCGCCGCCCGCCCCCACCCGUCCUCUGGUCCAUUGGGUCCAACCCCAAGCCUGAGAAGCGGCCCAAUUCCGGCACCUGGGUGCUGGCCUACAGCAACGGGGAUGUCUACGAGGGUGAAUUCCACCGUGGGAAGUGCUCUGGCAGUGGAGUUUAUUACUAUUACUUGAGUGGGCGGUACGAGGGGGAUUGGGUCGAUGAGAAGUAUGAUGGGUAUGGCGUGGAGACUUGGGCCCGGGGGAGCCGGUACCGCGGGCAGUAUCAGAGAGGGAUGAGGCAUGGGUUUGGGAUUUACAGGUUCUACACGGGGGAUGUUUACGCUGGGGAAUGGUCUAACGGGCAGAGCCACGGGUGCGGAGUUCACACAUGCGAGGAUGGGAGUCGGUAUGUGGGGGAGUUCAAGUGGGGGGUCAAGCACGGCCUUGGGCACUACCAUUUCAGAAAUGGGGACACCUACUUUGGAGAAUACUUUGCGGACAAGAUGCAUGGAUUUGGAGUUUACCGUUUUGCAAAUGGACACCGUUACGAUGGAGCAUGGCAUGAGGGUAGAAGGCAGGGACUCGGGAUGUAUACUUUUAGAAAUGGAGAAAAUCAGUCAGGUCACUGGCAAAAUGGCAUCCUUGAUACUUUGAGCACGCAGAACACUCAUGCUGGAAUCCCAGUUGCUGUUAACCAUUCCAAAGUACUCAACACGGUUCAGGAAGCACGGCGAGCCGCAGAGAAAGCAUUCAAUGUGGCCAGAGUCGAUGACAGGGUAAACAAGGCAGUAGCGGCGGCCAACAAAGCCGCCAAUGCUGCGAGAGUUGCAGCAGUGAAAGCUGUCCAAAAGCGAAUGAAUUACAGCCAGGACGACGACAUACCCAUAUCAAUUGUUUGAGUUUUCCCCACUUUUGGUAAUCAGCAUGUCGUCCACAUCAUUAACACAUCAGAUGAGAGAGCAGGACACUAGAGAGCAUUAAACACAAAUUUUCAGCACGGUGACGAAAUGUAAUUUUUCCUUUAUAUGCCUUUUUUCCCCUUUUCAUAGACAAUGCGAUCAUGGUUGUCCGGUUGUCCGCUUGGAACCGCAUUCCGUUGUCGACAAAGAUGGCUGAUUGAGGAGCAGGUGGGCUCCUCAUUUGGUUCAUAUUUAUGUACAUAAAGAGUGGGUAAUGUAUGCUUUCAGGUGGCGCCAAUGUGCAAUGGUAGCCUUUUUUGGGGUGUGGUCAGGGGGGUGUAAGUACUGGUACCUGGAUUAAAAGAAAUCCAAGGGCCAGCCAACCAUAGAUGUUGUAUGUGACCUGUCUUUACAGUGAGAUCAUGGCAUCACUGGUCA